AUGUCGUAUUUGUAUAUGAUGUCAAAAGCAUUUGAAGUAGGAGAAAAUGGAAUUAUCAAAAAGGCUUUUAGCAGUUCUCCACCUAAUGGGGAUAUUUUAUCCGAUUACUUCAGACAAAUAGCAUCAAAUAACCGACAGCGUCAACCCGCCUUCAAUGUACAGUUUUGUAACUACUUGGUGUAUUUCUUUACUUUUAACCCAAAUGGUACGCCAUACGGGUCUGCGACAAGCCAGAUCAAAGAUACAGAGAAUCUUGCACUUGGCAAGAAGGCAUAUCAGUCGUCAGAUUUGCAUAAAGGAUUUGCGGACAAAGCCGUGGAUGGAGGACUUUCACAAACGUUCAGCGAUGGUUCCUGUACACACACAAAUGAUGACGCAAAUUCUUACUGGGAAGUUGACUUGGGCAAACACUUCUUCAUUGAUCACGUGACCAUAUACAAUCGACGAGAUGUUCCGGAUCCUAACAGACUGAGACAUGUUGAGCUAUACAUUGGUUGUGGAACAAGUAACUACAAACGGUACGGUUAUUAUGGAGGAGUCGUUGGUUCAAGGCAUACGUUCAACCUCACACAGCCGGCCGUUGGGCAGUGGGUUCGCAUAACAAGGAUCCCUUCUGUGGCUGACUUCUUGUCGCUUUGCGAAGUGCAAGUUUUUGGAUGGAAUGCAGCUGACUCGUACUUCAGAAUAAAUGAAGACAAGAAGGGUGCCGGAAUAUCCAUUCAAGCUUCACUAAGGACAACAACUAUCCAACACUGUGGCUACACAUGUUACAAAACAUGCGGAUGCGAGGCAGCAAAUUACGAUGACGGUACUCACAUGUGUGAUCUGUUGACGUCAAACUCUGCUGAAGAAGCAGACGGACAAUCAUUGUUGAUUCCAUUAUAAACGGUUACGCCGUUAACUGACUGAUAUGCUUUUUUUGUUGUACCAAUUUAUAUCGUCAUGUCACUUCUAGUUUUCUUUAAUGUUUGAUGCUAAAAACUAAAGCAAUGUAUUCUAUACUUAUACAACCCCAUUCAUAUAUCCCACCAGAAACCGUUACUCACGCUUGUUGAACAUUGAUACAUGUUUCCUUUUGUGCUCCUCUUGUCCGUGUUUGCGAGGUGUUAUCAUGAAAUCGCUUAAUCUUUACGCUGGCGCUGGUGUAACUUAUGUUUGAUAUUCGAAACAUAUCGUUAAUGUUUUGUUUGGUUGCAAUUUUCAUAUUGAUGUAACAGAAUAAUAGCGCACAGAUCAGCUUUCAACUAAUUAAGCAUUGUGUUUUUUUAUCUGUUGUUUUGGGUAGAAAAUUCAAAAAAUUCUUAGAGAUACUAAUCAUUUGUGUUUUCAUGUUUAGACUAUAGUUGUUAUUAACUACUCUAGCAAAUUUCGUAACCCCGGAAUGCUUCAUCUAUUUAGUUUUGGCCUAAAUGACUUUGUUUACUAUUAUACCUGGUCAGAUAUUGCUAGUUCUCAACAGAAAUGGAUUUGGUUGACCUUACUUUCCAUGGAACUUUCAUUAACUGAAUAUAAAUGUUAAUUACCUUGUUUACAUGGUUAGCAAAUUGAUGUUAUUUAUACACAUUUAGCAAACUGAAUUACAGUCGAAUGUUUUUUUCUUUUAUAUUGGACUUUAAUCAAUUUGUUUUCUUAGUACUAGCCAUUUAUUUGCGAAAAGUAGUGAUUGCUUCUGUAUUUAUUUAUAAAGGUUCUAUGCUUACAUAGUGAAUUUUUAGAUUGACACGUUUUUAGAAAUUGCUGUGAAUAUAUUGAAAUACUUGUAAACAUGUUAUUGCGAUUCGAGUCUUUUAAAAGGGUAUACAUACUUAGAAAAAAUGCUAAGAAGAAAGAAUUGAAUCAAGAAGAUUAAAUAUGAGGAAAGGAAAUUUUUUACAGAAACGGAAUACGCUAGAUCUAGUUAGAGAAAAGGUGUUAGAAUGUUAAGGAGAAUGAAAGCUUUGAAAGGGGUUUGAGUGCUUAGGUUAUUGUAACAUCGGGUUAGGAUAAUAAAUAAUUUAAAAGUUUGGCAUGUCAAAAAUUCGUUUAAGAAGCUGGUG